GGUCACGGCAGGCGUAUCCCGUGCUAUAAUACGGUGCGAGCAGUGAGUGCGCUCUCGGCUGAGUCCGUCACAGUGAGUGGGGGUUAUUGCUCUGAGGGCGCAUUGUCUGCCUUCUCCGCGGCACUUAGCUCGCAGACAGCUCGUGGGCCGAGAGCUCCGUCCUUGUUUGUUCCGCCAUUUUGGAGGAACCGCAACGCAGCAAGGAGAAAGGCGAUCCCUAUUACCCGCCAGCUGACUGUUCACCCGCUCCCUUCUCUCAUUAGCCAUCUGUGCUGCCCGGUCCAGGCCGUCCCGGAGAAGCAGCCAUGAGUUCCCCAGUGAACGUGAAGAAGCUGAAGGUGUCCGAGCUCAAGGAGGAGCUGAAGAAGCGCAGAUUGAGCGACAAGGGGCUGAAGGCCGAGCUCAUGGAGCGGCUGCAGACCGCCCUGGAUGAGGAGCCCGAGGCCGGCGGCCCGGUGGUGGUCGGAGAGACCGAAACCAACGAAGGGGCCGACCCGGAGCAAGGCGGCGGCGAGGAAGAAGAGGAGGAGGAAGAGGAGAGCAUGGAGGUCGGCGGGGAGAACGGGGGAGGAGGCGGCGGCGGCGAGGCCACAGAAGCCGCCGAGGAGGACGAGGACGAGGCGGAGGCGGCGGUAGCCGCGGAGGAUGAGAAUGGAGACGAUCAGGGCUUCCAGGAGGGCGAGGAGGAGGACGAGGAAGACGAGGAGGAUGAGGGGAUCCCUGUGGGGCUGGAGGAGGAGGAGGACGAGGAGGAAGGCGGCGAUGAGAAUGGCCAGGAGAAGCAGGAGGGGGAGGCCGUACCCAGCGGGCCCAGGCCCCUCAUGGCCAUCAAGUGCGAGGAGGCCGGCGGCUCCGGGAGAGGCGAAGGCAAGGACCAGAAAGACAAGAAAAGAGGUGUGAAAAGGCCACGUGAAGAUCAUGGUCGUGGCUAUUUUGAGUACAUUGAAGAAAAUAAAUAUAGCAGGGCCAAAUCACCCCAACCACCAGUUGAUGAAGAGGAUGAAAAGUUUGAUGAUAGCUCGGUGCUUCUUGACACUUAUAACUGUGAUCUUCACUUUAAAAUUUCUCGUGACCGGUUAAGUGCUUCCUCUCUGACAAUGGAAAGUUUUGCUUUUCUUUGGGCUGGAGGAAGAGCUACAUAUGGUGUUUCGAAAGGCAAAGUUUGUUUUGAGAUGAAGGUUACAGAGAAGAUUCCAGUAAAACAUUUGUACACUAAAGACAUUGAUACCCAUGAAGUACGUGUUGGAUGGUCUUUCAGCUCUUCUGGAUUCAUGUUGGGUGAAGAAGAAAAAUCCUAUGGAUACUCAAUGAAACCUGCAAAAUUCAUAAAUGGUGUCUCUGAAGAAUAUGGAGAGAAGUAUGAUGAGAAUGAUGUUAUCACUUGCUUUGCUAAUUUUGAGGGUGAUGAUGUUGAGCUUUCCUAUGCAAAAAAUGGACAAGAUCUAGGUGUUGCAUUCAAGGUUGGCAAAGAUGUUCUUACCGAUGAGAGUCUUUUCCCACAUGUUCUAUGCCACAACUGUGCUGUAGAGUUCAACUUUGGUCAACUGGCAGAACCUUUCUACCCCAUUCCUGAAGAAUAUACCUUCAUUCAAAAUGUCCCACUAGAUGAUCGUGUGAGGGGCUCAGUUGGACCCGAGCAGAAGAAGGACUGCGAAGUUAUUAUGAUGAUUGGUUUACCGGGAGCCGGAAAGACUUCAUGGGUUACUAAGCACAUUGAAGAGAAUCCUGGGAAAUACAAUGUCCUCGGAACAAACACAAUUAUGGAUAAAAUGAUGGUGGGAAAUAAGAAGCAGACUGAUGCUGGCAAAAUGACAACGUUUCUGCAAAGGGCCCCACAAUGCCUUAGCAAGUUUAUUGAGAUUGCUGCACGUAAAAAGAGAAACUUCAUUCUGGAUCAAACAAAUGUUUCUGUCGCAGCCCAGAGGAGGAAAAUGUGCCUAUUUGCGGGAUUUCAGCGUAAAGCUGUUGUAGUUUGUCCUUCUGAUGAGAUCUAUAAAGAGAGGACACAGAAAAAGGCAGAAGUGGAGGGAAAGGACCUCCCUGAACAUGCAGUCCUCAAGAUGAAAGGUAACUUCACCCUGCCAGAAGCCAGUGAGUGCUUUGAUGAGAUUAUAUAUGUAGAGCUACCUAAGGAAGAAGCUGAUAAACUUCUAGAGCAGUACAAAGAGGAAAGCAAGAAGUCUCUUCCCCCAGAGAAGAAACAAAACACUGGUGUGAAGAAGAUUAACAAAAAUAAAAACCAGAAGACUCGAGGUGGCCCACCCCAUGGGCAUGGCCACGGACAUAGAGGGCGUGGAAGUGGAGGAUACAAUAUGCGUGGAGGGAAUUUCAGAGGUGGAGCUCCAGUAAAUCGUGGCGGAUACAACAGAAGAGGCAACAUGCCACAGAGAGGUGGUGGAGGUGGCGGUGCUAUUGGCUACCCAUAUCCCCGCGCUCCAGUUUAUCCUAACAGAGGAGGUUAUGGUAGCCGUGGUAAUUUCAGCCGCGGUGGUGGAGGUGGGAUGCCAAGCCGUGGAAACUAUAAUCAGAACUUCAGAGGAAGAGGAAACAACCGUGGCUACAAAAACCACUCUCAGGGCUACAACCAGUGGCAACAGCAGGGUCAAUACUGGGGUCAAAAGCCAUGGAGCCAGCAGUACCACCAAGGAUAUUAUUGAAUACCCAAAUAAAAAUGAACUGAUACAUAUUUCUCUUCAAAACCUUCACAAGAAGUCGACUGUUUUUUCUUUAGGCUAACAUUUUAAAAAACAUUCCACAAGAGGAAGUGCCUGCGGGUUCUUUUUGGGUUUCAUUUAUUUUAUUUUUUUUUCUUCCUUUUAGUUAAGCUUAAGGGUUUGCAUUCAUUUUUUUUUUUUUUCCACUUCAUACAUUUUUAAUUGCAGUUUUAAAGUGAUUCUAAAGAACCUCAGCAUUGUGCACGAUAAGAGAAUGUGUCAGUAUUUAAGGGUUCUACAUUUUUAUCUGUAAUGUGAUAUAUUUUUUUUUAUUAUUUUUACUAUAACAGAAGUAAAGAUGUUGCUUUGUACCUGGUGUCUGUUUAUUAAGGAAUAUGCUCCCGAAGUUGAGGCAUUUCUAGAUGGGAUUUGUGAAAUUGUUUAAAUCUUGGCAUCCAGAUUAUGUAACUACUUAGUGGCUCUUGGUGACUUUUUAUUUUAAUUUUUUUUUUUUUUUUUUUUUUAAUGGAACUGUAAUUAUGCACCAUCUUUUCUAUAGAUAGUAGUGGGAAAUGUCCUGGGUGCAGAAUAAGUGGGAGUAAAUUCAAAGCAAAAUAGUGAGGGUGAAGUAGCUCUUAAAUGUAUUGCUUUAUCUGUGGAAACCGCAGAGACUUUAACUUGUGAAGGAUCAACACCAUUUUCUCCAUUUGUUAUGCAUUUUGACUCUGCAAGUAUAGGCUUGACUGCCUGUUUCUUAUUAAAUUAAAACUUGUUGUAAAUCUAGUUGUCCUAUGGGAUCUAUAUGAAGUUAGCAGUGUGUCUUUUUGUAUCUCCACUUCCUCCUACCCUUUUUAAUUUACCUAGUGUGCUUGUAGUUGCACCAUCUCUGUAAACUAAUGAAAUUGUGAGUUACAUUUAGUAUCUUGGAAUCAUCAUGUCAGUUCUUUAAUUUGUUUAAUGCCAGCUUGCCUCUAAAGAGGCAAGCAGAUAACAUACGUAGUCCUUUAUUUGCAAUAAAUAAAAGUGAAUUGCAUA